AUGGCAGCUACCGCUCAAUUGUUGAAGUGCAUGCAUACGGUAAAGCAUCUUGAUGUUAACCAUUCUUGCAUUAUUUGCAACACCAUCCUACCAAUUUGGCAGGCCUACGCGGAUGAUUGUGGCAUCAAAACCAAUGUCGGGCAUUAUCCUAAAGAUCCGUCAGCCGAUCCAGAUGAGAAGUGCUCUCUUCAUGCCUUCAACCUGCCUGGACACAUGAUGAAACAAUUGCCGUUGGAUUUGGACUUUUUGCGAAACGUACCCGAUGACCAUACUUUUGCAGUCGAUCUGGACAAAGGACAAAUUGGUGAAGCCUAUCACAUUUUGUUUUGCUGCUUGCUCUUGAAGCAUUCCCCAAAGAUCAAUAUUCGCGUCAAUUUUGCGGCCGGAGACGAUGAGAUGCGAGACCUCUUUCAAUGGUAUCACAUCACCGUUUCGCCAGCACAAUCCGCCAACGCAGGGUCAACCAGCAAAGGGGAGGCGACAAGAAUCAUAGCCGCUGCUUUCAGGGCCAGCAAUAAUCCCGACUCUCAGGACAUUACCAAAUUUCUCUCGCAUAACCAGGAGGAUCUCUUUGAUCAGCUCAGGAGCCACGUCAACUCAGAGAUAUUUCCCUACAUAGUGAAAAAGGGAAAGGAGAAGCCAAUGAACCUGGCACCGGAGCAUUUUUGGCCUUCAUAUGCGGCGGAUUGCUGGCUGAAGGAGUAUUUCCGAAUCACCGCCCAGGCCCAGCUGCCGGAAGCAACGAGUGUCGAAAGAAUUGCCGUCAUACAUGUUCGUCGCAAUGCGUUGACGCCUGUUGGACGCAUCAUGGAUCCAAAAUGCUUAGAGUACGUGGCAAAUUCGAUCUCGUCUGUCAACAGAAUGUGCGUUGCUUUGAACGGUAUUUAUGCGCGACGCUUUACACAUGUCAUUCUCUACGGAGACUUCACCGAGGCUGAAGGCGCCAAAAUGGUCGCAGACGUGAAGAAACAGCAGCACCGAAACACGCCGGUCCAGGUUCAAUUCAUUGGUAGUCCCUGGAAGGUGCCAGACACUGCUCCAGCUGGAUCCAACACGGAGCUCAGAGACCUUCGGGCAAGGUUUCGCGAUGUGAACUUUGACCAUCUUCCUGUGCAAGUCAAGGUCCUCAGUAUCUGGUCUACCUUAUCUCAGAAAUAUGGCGACAAACUCUGUGUUAUUGGGCAUCGAUCCGGUUUCGUUGAAGGCGCUGGUCUGCUCGGCAUACCUAUCUUUUAUCUCAACAAUGAGCGAAAGAAGAUCGGAACUACAGAGGAGCUACCUGGUGCCUUUCUUUGGAGUCCAAUGAAGAACCCGGAGCACGACAGAUUGCGCGAGCUGUCUGAUACAAUGAACACAUUUAUCCCAGUUGAAGUACUUCUAGAACCGGAAGGAGCGGCCGCGAAGACUCAAAAGGUUUUGCAAGUGGAUCCUAAGUACCUCGGAGAAUUGAAGGCCGCGCUAUUCAUGUAUAUGUGCUGCGAGAGGGUGGCUAAAACUAACAGUGAAGGUUCUACAGGCGCAACGCCGGGGUGGAAGUCAAGGGUUUUCAUGAUGCAUGACAAAUGCAAAGAGAAGCACCUUGGGAUCGAUGCACAUGAGCCUGGCGUUGCUUGUCGGGAUGAUCAACACUACACAAAGGAAUCUGCGUAUCAGACCGGCCAGGAAUGGUUGCGCCGAAGGUAUAACUUUGCGACGAGGUUCAGAGAUGGGAGUGAAUUACCAUUUGUGCGUUUAACGCCGUGGGUUGGCCUCGAAGACUGGACCAAGGGUUAA